AUGGCUGAGAGUAAUAAUGAUCCGGCUGAAAAUCGUUAUGAAAAAUUAAAAAGAAAGUACAAAACACUAAAAGAAGAAAUGGAAAAAAUGCAAACAGAGCGUGAUCAAUUAGUGAUGCUCAAUCAGUGCUACGCUUUAUCAGUGUCUGCUGCUGAUUUGGCAAAGUACGAUCGGAUAACACCCACAUCAUUGAUUCGUGCGUUAACUGUUAGAUGCUUUCCUAAUGAGUAUAACACAGUGACAUCGGUUAGAGGUCUUGAUCAAACACGUGUUAGUGGAAUGAUGGUUUACCAUCGUUUGAAACGAUUAAAAACGUUAGAAUUGGAGCGAGCCAAAGCUGCUAUUACAGGUGCUACUGAUCCGUCAAUCAUACCCUUAUAA